AUGGACAGCAAGAAGUCUCCUCUUGCAGAAAACUGGUUGUUUUCGCGCCCGAAGCUGAGCCACCUCCGGUUUGUGCUUGGGUUUAGCCUGCUGCUUCUUGUCUUCUUCAUAUGCAAUCUGUCGACCUCCACAACAUUUCUCUCGCGGCGUAUAAAACGACCCGAAGAUGCCUCUUCCGUUAUUUCCAAAUGUCGUCAAUUGAAACUCCACGCUGGCCCCCCGCCGCAUUUCCACCACCGUCAGCAGUCUGACCGGUUCGAGGAGGGCUCUCGACCAGUCCUUAUACGCAACGCCAAAAUAUGGACUGGCAGGAAGAACGGAACAUAUGUAUUGAACGGCGAUAUUUUACUCGACAAGGGGAUUAUCAAGAGAAUUGGCCAUUUCCAUAGUGCAACCCUUCAGAGCUAUGGGUCGCAUCUGAUGGUGAUGGACGCGAAGGGUUCAUGGGUAACUCCUGGCAUCGUGGACAUUCAUUCGCACCUCGGAGACGGGUCUGCGCCGGAGCUCACUGGUGCAGACGACACCAACUCCUUCAAGGGCACCAUUCAACCAUGGCUGCGUAGCUUGGACGGGCUCAACACGCACGAUUAUUCAUACCCUCUUUCGGUCGCGGGUGGAGUGACAACAGCUCUCAUUCUCCCUGGAUCUGCUAAUGCGAUAGGCGGUCAAGCCUUUGUUAUCAAGCUUCGUGAGACUAAAGAAAAGUCACCUUCGUCGAUGCUGCUCGAACCACCUUACCACAUCAAUAAUUCGUUUCCUAACCCCAACCUACCUCCGAGAUGGCGGCAUAUGAAGCAUGCGUGUGGCGAAAACCCGUCUGAUGUCUACAAGGAUACAAGGAUGGAUACAAUUUGGGAAUUUCGGAAGGCGUAUAACACUGCGAAACAGAUCAAAGACAAACAAGACGAAUAUUGCGCCCGGGCACUCUCAAACGACUGGAAGGAUCUAGGCGAGUUUCCAAAUGCCCUCCAAUGGGAAGCUUUGGUAGACGUUCUGCGAGGAAGAGUCAAGGUCAAUGUGCAUUGCUACGAAGCUGUCGACCUAGAUGGCCUUGUCAGGCUCUCAAACGAGUUCUCCUUCCCGAUUGCUGCUUUCCAUCAUGCUAGCGAAGCGUAUCUGGUCCCAGAUCUCCUGAAGAAAGCAUACGGCAAACCACCGGCAAUAGCCCUGUUUGCAACUAAUGCCAGAUAUAAGAGGGAAGCCUAUCGUGCUUCUGAAUUUGCACCUCGUAUAUUGGCCCAGCAAGGGCUGACAGUAUUGAUGAAGAGUGAUCAUUCCGUUCUCAACUCUCGCUAUCUGUUAUAUGAGGCCCAACAAGCACAUUUCUACGGAUUUCCUGAAAACCUAGCCAUUGCAUCGGUGACCAGCAACUCAGCAGAUGUGAUGGGUAUGGGACAUCGCAUUGGAUAUGUAAAGGAAGGCUACGACGCAGAUCUAGUCAUCUGGGAUAGUCAUCCUAUGGCCUUGGGAGCCACACCAGUGCAAGUGUUCAUUGAUGGAAUUGCACAACUGGAGUCUCCUUUCACCGUCAGCAAACCUGAUACUUUCCAACGGUCUCCCAAGGUGCCCAACUUCGAUGAGGAGGCACGCAAAGCUGUCACCUACGAGGGAUUGCCACCCCUUCUACCACAGAAACGGCCUCUUGAUUCCACAAUUGUCUUCCGAAAUGUGAAAUCGGUCUACAAGGUUGAGGAAGGACUGAUGCGACAAACCCAGCUAGGUCAAGCAAACGCCCUUGGAACGGUCGUGGCUCGCAACGGACGGAUUGUAUGUUAUGGGGAAGCUGAAAGUUGUUUAGUGUCCGCAACGAAAGAUGGUUCCGUUUUUGUCAUCGAUCUAGAUGGAGGUUCCAUCUCUCCAGGACUGGUCUCUUUUGGAUCGCCACUGGGAUUAGAACAUAUUAAUCAAGAACCCUCAACCAACGACGGGAAUGUCAUCGACCCUCUCCGUCACACAGUUCCGGAUGUCCUUGGUGGUGGUUCUGCCAUGAUACGCGCUGUUGACGGCCUGCAAUAUGCCAGUCGAGAUGCACUGCUAGCCUAUCGUGCUGGUGUUACCGUGGGCGUAACCGCACCCGCUCGUAAGGGAUUCUAUGGUGGCCUGGGCACCUCAUUUUCUUUCAGUGCUGAACACAAGUUGGAGCAAGGUGCCAUCGUGCAGGAAAUCACUGCUGUGCAUGUCUCCGUUCGUCACUUCUCGAACCCUAGUGUCAGCACACAAAUCGCAGCCCUGAGACGAUUGUUGCUUGGGCCUUCCGAAGGAGAGGCCGGAGUUUGGUUCGACAAAAUCAAGACUGGUCAAAUGCCUCUCGUCGUCGAGGCACACAGUGCGGAUAUAAUCGCUACUCUGAUCAUCCUCAAGCAACAAGUCGAAGCUGAAACACGUCAGAAGUUGCGGUUCACAAUCACAGGAGCUUCAGAGGCGCACCUACUUGCCAAGGAGCUCGGAGAGAACGACAUCGGCAUCAUCCUAAACCCCCCGAGGCCAUUCCCGUACGUUUGGGAAGAUAGGCGCAUCCUUCCAGGACCUCCUCUCUCGAAUAAUAGCGCCAUUAUAGAACUGGUCCAUAACAACGUAGUUGUUGGCAUAGGGUGCGAGGAAAUUUGGUCUGCUCGGAACCUUCCAUUCGAUGUUGCUUGGGCUGCCAUCGAAAGUGGAGCAAGACUCUCCAGGGAACAGGCCCUUGCAAUCGGUUCAGUCAAUCUCCAGAAGCUUCUUGGGGUCGACAUCGACGAAACACGAAUGGAUCUAGUCGCGACCCGGGGUGGUGACCUCCUCAGCUUCGAAUCUCGUGUAGUGGCAGUCCUGUCUCCGAGGCAGCAAGUCGUGGAUUUAUUCGAGGGAGAGCAUUAA